AUGCCUAGACAGCGAUCCAAGAAGAACAAAGACAUCAAGACCGGCACGGCCAAUUACCAAUGGGGCCUCUGCAAGAAGGGGAACGCUCUUUCGGAAACAUACAACGUCGACGUGGUUAUCAUUACGCGGCGACCGGAUGGCUUCAUGGGAGGGUUUCAGUCUCGGCCUGGCCUGAUGCACGGUCUCACUCAGCUGCUGGAAGAAAAAGAUAUUAUGGGCCCUGAUCAGUUCAAAGGCGGCAGCCGCAUAUCAAAGCCCGGUACCGUCAACGUCGAGUUCACUCUCUAA